UCUCACUGAGAAAGCGACCUUUGGACAAAGAUGCGAAGGAGGCGGGGGAGUGAGUGAUGUGCUCCAGGUGCCCAGGCCCUGAGGCGGAGGCAUCGUGACGGCUUCCAGGCUGGUGUGGAGCCAAGAGCAUGGAUUCCAAUAAUGAGAGACCCGGGAUGGAUUCGAAAUGUGUGGUCUUCAAACAUCAAUGCUCAAACCAUGAAUUACGUCGGGCAGUUGGCGGGCCAGGUGUUUGUCACCGUGAAGGAACUCUACAAGGGCUUGAACCCUGCCACCUUGUCUGGGUGUAUUGACAUCAUCGUCGUCCGCCAACCCAAUGGGAGCCUGCAGUGUUCCCCGUUCCACGUUCGCUUUGGGAAGAUGGGGGUCCUGCGCUCCCGAGAGAAAGUGGUUGACAUAGAAAUCAACGGGGAAUCGGUGGAUUUGCACAUGAAAUUGGGAGAUAAUGGAGAAGCAUUUUUUGUCCAAGAGACUGACAAUGAUCAGGAGGUGAUCCCCAUGCACCUGGCCACCUCCCCGAUCCUGUCAGAAGGAGCCUCGCGAAUGGAGUGCCAGCUGAAGAGGAGCUCUGUGGACAGGAUGAGAAGCCUGGACCCCAGCACAUCGGCCCAGGUCUUGCCUCCCACGGAGACCCCUUCCAGCGGCUCUCUGGUGAAGAAGAGAAGAAAGAGGAGGAGGAAGUCCCAGCUGGACAGCCUGAAGAGAGACGACGACAUGAACACGUCCGAGGACGAAGACGUGUUCCCCAUAGACAUGAGCUCCGACGAGGAGGCGGAGCCACCGGACCCGCCGCCUGGCAGCCGAACUCUCUCUAGUACAUUCCAAGAAGAUAUUCUUAAGGAAAACCUUCCCCCGGCGAUGACUUAUUCUCAGUCAGCAUCGUAUCCUAAUUCUGAUAGAGACUGGUCUCCCAACUCCAGUAGCCUGAUAGAUUGCAACAGGAGCCCCCGUCACCCCGCAGCCGUGGCCGAGGGCGGGCUCUCUAGCUCUUGCCCUCCACAGCCGUCUCGUUUCCACGCUUCGGAAAGUCCUUCAGGUUCCCGGCCUUCGACGCCUAAAAGUGAUUCAGAAUUGGUCAGUAAGUCCACGGACAGAGCGACGCAGAGGAACAACCUAGAAAUGCUCUGGCUGUGGGGAGAGUUGCCACAAGCUGCAAAGUCUCCACACAAGAUGAAGGAGUCCAGCCCGUUGAGCACUAGAAAAAUCUGCGAUAAGAUGCACUUCCAGGCCAUUCUCAGUGAAUCUUCGGACGGGUUCAGCGACCAGUCGCCGACACCGGCCGGGGGGCGUCCUGUGCAGCCGCUUUUGGAGGAGAACAAGUCUCAGACAGAGAUGCAGUUUGAGAAUGAAGAAGACCUUGAGGCCUUGGGAGCCGCAGCCCCGCCCUUACCCACGGCCGAAGCCCCCAAACCCCUCUCUGCCGGUGUAGCCUCGACAGCAGGCAAGACGGACUCGCCGGCCAGGAAAAAAGACAAACGAAGCAGACACCUUGGUGCCGACGGCGUCUACCUGGAUGACCUCACAGAUAUGGAUCCCGAGGUGGCUGCUCUGUAUUUUCCCAAAAACGGGGACCCUGCCGGGCUCCCCAAACACGCCGACAGCGGAGCCCGGUCCGCCAACCAGUCUCCUCAGUCCGUGGGCAGUUCCGGCAUCGACAGUGGCGUGGAGAGCACCUCGGACGGCCUGCGGGACCUGCCGUCCAUCGCCAUCUCACUCUGCGGGGGCCUCAGCGACAACCGGGAGAUCACCAAAGAUGCGUUUUUGGAGCAAGCCGUGUCAUACCAACAGUUCGUGGACAACCCUGCCCUCAUCGAUGACCCCCAUCUUGUGGUGAAGAUCGGGAACAAGUACUACAACUGGACGACAGCAGCACCGCUGCUCCUGGCGAUGCAGGCCUUCCAGAAGCCUUUGCCAAAGGCCACGGUGGACUCUAUCAUGAGGGAUAAGAUGCCCAGAAAGGGAGGAAGAUGGUGGUUUUCAUGGAGGGGAAGAAAUACCACAAUCAAGGAGGAAAGUAAGCCAGAGCAGUGCUUGCCUGGGCAGAGCCACAGUACCGGGGAGCAACCAUCACAGCUCAGCAUGGCCACCAGAAUAAAGCACGAAUCAUCCUCCAGUGAUGACGAGCACGCAGCUGCCAAGCCGUCGAGUGUCAGCCACCUCCCGCUGCUGUCCAGCGUCGGCUACAAGAAGACGCUCCGGCUCACGUCGGAGCAGCUGAAAAGCUUGAAGCUGAAGAAUGGCCCCAAUGACGUGGUUUUCAGCGUCACCACGCAGUACCAAGGCACGUGUCGCUGCGAAGGCACCAUCUAUUUGUGGAACUGGGACGAUAAAGUCAUCAUUUCUGACAUCGACGGGACGAUCACUAGGUCGGAUACUCUCGGCCACAUUCUGCCCACCCUUGGGAAGGACUGGACCCACCAGGGCAUCGCUAAGCUGUACCAUAAAGUGAGCCAAAACGGAUACAAGUUUCUCUACUGCUCUGCGCGUGCCAUCGGGAUGGCGGACAUGACGAGGGGUUACCUGCACUGGGUCAACGAGCGGGGCACGGUGCUGCCCCGGGGGCCGCUGCUGCUGAGCCCCAGCAGCCUCUUCUCCGCCUUGCACAGAGAAGUGAUUGAAAAGAAGCCAGAAAAGUUUAAAGUCCAGUGUUUGACAGACAUCAAAAACCUGUUUUUUCCAAACACAGAACCCUUCUAUGCUGCUUUUGGAAACCGACAGGCUGACGUGUACUCGUACAAGCAAGUAGGAGUGUCUUUGAACAGAAUAUUCACUGUCAAUCCCAAAGGAGAACUCGUGCAGGAGCAUGCCAAGACCAACAUCUCCUCGUACGUGAGACUCUGCGAAGUGGUGGACCACGUCUUCCCGUUGCUGAAGCGAAGCCACUCCUCGGACUUCCCCUGCUCAGACACUUUCAGCAACUUCACCUUCUGGAGGGAGCCGCUGCCACCUUUCGAAAACCAGGAUGUUCACUCUGCGUCGGCGUGACGUGCUCCCAGCAACCUGCUGACCCCGACGUGUGCAGACCGGCCCCCCGCGAGGGGGCAGGCCCGGGGAGCCGGCGGCGGCGCCCAGGACCCUGGCGCGCGGUCACUUGCUUGAGAGCAGUGAGAGCUGACGCGCGUCCGCCCCUUCCCCGCUGCCCCGGCCUUGACCUCCGCGAGUGGAACACGAAGGGCUGCUUUGCAGGCGGGCAGUCGGCUGCUUUCAUGCUGCGCGAGGCGCCCGCGGUCGUGGCGGGAGCCAGCGGCGAUGCCGGCCGGGCAGCGUGGGCCGAGCGGGGGUGGUACCAGCGGCCGGAACGCCAGGUGCGCGUGACUUCCGGCAGAGCGGGGGACGGGCUUCCGUGACUUCUCUGCGCGUGCGUGGGGGGGGGCGGAGCGUGCGGCGUCACGUGACCCGCAUCAGGUCCCCGCGGGGCCUCCAGCCCUCACUGCUCUGGGCCUUGUCCUCGCUGGAGGUUCCUAUGCAGUAUUUGCCGACGGGUCUAAUUUUUAGGUGAUAAGUUCUUGAAUUCCUUUGGUUAAAGAUAACCUAUGUAAUCGGCACCUCCGCCCCCUUUUUUUGUGGCUCGAGGCUGGAGUACUUAUGCCUUAAUGCAUCUGUGGCAGACAUUUUAUUUAGAAUGUGCUUUGUCUGGCUCUCUGUAACUUUGCAAUGCCUUAAGUUCAGAUUACAGUAAAUAUUACUACAGAGGCAGUAUUUGGAUCAGUUCAACGCUGCGCCCCAGCCUUUUAUCCAGAAAGGUAGGGCCGAGAAGGUGGCCUUGAACAGAGCUGACGCCAAAUGAUAAUGUCGUCGAUUUUAAUUGGAAGCUCGCAAAAGAAGAAACAGGUUAGUUUUUAAGAAAACAGUUUCAAGAAGUUAAAUUAUAUUCUGUGUAGAUAUUAUUAUUUAUUACUUUGGGUUACCAUUAUAAGCAUAUUAGCCAUACUUUUUUUAUUCGGUCACUGAUAUAUUAAAAAGGUAUACAUUAGACUACCCAAAGAGCCUUAUUAUAUAUAUAUAUCUCUCCCAACACUGGCCUGCUUUUGAGAUUUGUGAGUAACACUUUAUUUUCUUUAGCUUUUUCUACUCAAGGGCAGGUGGAUAAGUGAUAAUUUGAGUGACAUGCUUUAAGCCGCUAGGUGAUGAUUCUCUUAGUUGUUUAUCAGGCUAGCUUGUGGAGAGAACAAUUUGAAAAGUGAAAGAAUUAUUUUGGUAAAAGAUUUUGCUUUACUUUUUGAAGUAUUAUUUUUCUAAAGAGCAUUUUACUUCAGUGAUUGAAAUGCUUUUCUAUUUCAAUUGCAUUGUUAGCGUGAUAGGAGGCAAAAAAAAAAAAGGAAAUGUUGACUGCAAUUUUACUCUUUCUGUGAAAGAAUUUGCAGAGGUGUUGCCUCGGUGCUGUCGGUGGUCUCUGUUAGCGGUGAGGGUCUUUUCUGAACCACCCAGAGGAAGACAAAUAUUCGUGUGUCGUCCAUCACACUUUGGCACAUGAGCACAGACACGCAUGGGCAGAUGCCCUUUUGGAGGCAUGAAAAAUAAUUCAGAAUAGUCUCGCCUCCACUACUCUGGGCUUCGUGAGUUCUUUCUAUCACGACGGUGUCUUAGGGUGGAUUUUGUGAACUAAGUAUAAGUUUGCAGAGGCUGACAGAGUCCCCUCCUUGCUGGGAGGAAAUCGGCUGUGAUGGGGUAGUGUGUCCGUAGUGCCAUUUGGCCUUCGUCAGGACAAGCAGCUGUCAUCCACGGUCCAUGCAGGUGUGAGCAUGCAUCGUCAGCCUCCGUACUGCGGUGCUCUGAGCCAGACACCUCUUCCAGAAAGUCCGACUCAGAUCUGUGCCAGGUUCUGAGUGUGGCCCCCAGAGAGGCUGUAAUUGUCACCCCUGCCUUUGACUUUGCAAAGCGAGGUUCGUACGUGGGCGGCACUCACACAUAUCUGAGCUGGUUUAUCUGUAUUUACACAUCUGUGACCCAGUAACCCCACGGUCACGUGCCAGAGUGCUGCCUGUGGACCCUGCAUUUCAAAGUUGUUCUACAGAAAUGAAUCACUAUAGUGACAGGUCACCAAGCGUUCACCGUAGGUGACGAAGAAAAAUAUACAUACCUGGUACCUGGAGGAAUGAUCACACCUUCAGAGAGAAAUCUCUUUAUAGUUUUAGGUUUGGAUCACUACUUUAAAUAUAGUUUAUUUACCACACUUGAUCUGUAUGUGUGUUGGCUGGCGCCGUGAAGAAAAUCACUGUAAUACUUCACUGCGUUGUGUUGGAUGCAAAGCUACAAAAUACUGUAAUAAAUGAGAACGAUGAAAGCCUGAAAAUCAGAUGUGUGAAUUUUAAAUGGUUUUUGGUAGGAGGUUAAGUUGCUGAUUUUCUGGUGUGUUAUAAUCAAGCGUAUUUUAUUCUCAAAAAAAAAAAAAAAAAAAGCUAAGGCUAUGAACUGUUCAAUAUUUGGAAUAAAAGAGCCAGUCUUAUGCUUU